AUGGAGAGUCAGCAAUUCACGGGUUUGAGGUCUAACUAUGAAAUGGAUGAAAAUUCAUUUGCACCUUUGUGCCAAUUUUCUUCAUAUGAUCGUAUCAGGGAUAAUUCUAAUGAUGAAUAUCUUGCAUUGGGUUGGCCAUAUGGAUUUUCAAUGCAAAAUAGCAAUCCUGAUACUAUCACUUUUAUGGAUUGUUAUUAUCCUGACAUUUUAUAUGAAACUCUUCCCACUGAACCAAUACCAAUAAGUGUACAACAAGACUAUGAUUUUGGUGAUGUUAAAGAAAUACUUUCUGUGUGGAAUGAAGUGGAUGCUGGAUUUGGUUCAGAUAAACCUGUGCAUUCAUUAUGUAACAAUGGAGAAAGCGUUAAGGAAAUGAAGGAAGAUUUAAAGGGUAAGCGAUGCAGAGAAGAGAAAAGUAGCAGUGCCAGAAUGUUAUCAAGAAAGACUCUUUCUCAGUAUUUCUACAUGCCAAUAUCACAAGCAGCCAGAGAGCUCAAUGUUGGUUUGACACAUUUGAAGAAAAUGUGCAGGGAGUUAGGAAUUCAGAGGUGGCCCCAUAGGAAGCUAAUGAGCCUUCAAACACUAAUAAAGAAUGUACAAGAACAAGGAGAUCAAGAGGGAAAUGGAAGUGAUGAAAAAAUAAGGAAUGCCAUUGAGAUAUUGGAGAAUGAAAAGAAGAUGGUGGAGGAAAUGCCAGAUUUGCAACUUGAUGAUAAUACGAAAAGGCUUAGACAAGCUUGUUUUAAGGCCAACUAUAAGAAGAGGAAGCUCAUGGUCAUGAGUUCGAUGGAACCGUAG